GUUCAAUGUUUAUAUUUUUAUUUAAUUCAUGGAUAAUUAUCUAACUAAUUAAAUGUAUCUACCUCUUCACAAUGUUUCCGGCCGUAAAUAUUUUAUACGUAUUCCAGUUACAAAACUGGGGUUCUUCACGGUUUCAUUACCAUUAUUUGCAUUCACAACUUGUGUACUUCUAACGAUGUACAAAGACUUUGAAAAGGCAAAUCAUACUCACUGUCAAGUUCCCAAUAUAUUUCCGUCGAUAUCAGCAUCUAUAGGUAACUACGAACCCCAAAGUACAAUAUGGAAAACCGCUAUCUAUAUUCAUGCACCCGUGAGAUUUUUUAUCAUCUAUUUACGAUGGGAAUACUAUAAAAGUGUCAUCAGAGAAAAUUGUAUUAUGAUAGUAAAAAUGGCAGUAUUUUUAAAUAUAAUUGAGAAUUUAGCCUUAUUAGGAUUAACCCACUGGACGUCUUCCCAAAAUUACCCAUAUCAUGAAGUAUGUUUUAAAACAUUCAUAGGUGCAUCAAUCAUUUAUAUGUUCUUCACAUGUAUGAUGCUAACAAAAUAUAGAAGAAGGCCAAAUAUAACAUCAUUAGAAAUGCACUCUGUAAAACUAAAAUGGAGAUCCUUUUUUGUGAAUGUUGGUUCAUUCGCAUUUGCUGCUUAUUUCUUCCUGAGGCACAAUAGACUAUGUGAGCCAUAUGUUUACUCGAUGUUUGGAUUCUCAGAAUACAUAGUAGUCAUCAGCAAUAUAACAUUCCAUUUGACAACUGUUUAUGAUCUUCAAGUACAGUUUGUCUAUUUUAGUAAAAGAGGCAUCGCUACUGAAUGACUGGCAUAAUUUAAGUGCAAGAUGAACAAAAGUAGUUGACUAAUGAGAUGCUCUGAACAAAAUGACUUCCUUCACAAUAAAAUUCUAUUGUUAAGUUUAAGCUCCAAAACCAUUGAUUUAUGUUAAUUUACAAAUCAUUGUAACAACAAUAAUCUCUUUUUUUAAACUCUGUAUUAUAAAUAUGAGUAUCUUCCUAUCUUUUAAGUGUCAAUUAUGUAUCAUAUUUUCCAUAUUUAUUACUAAUUUAGCAAACUGAAUUUUGGCUUUGAAUUUCUUUGUAAUAUAUUACACUAACUAUAUGACAGAAUUCAUGACUUGGAACUGCUCUCACUAAACCAAUAUUUAUAAUGCAUACUUAUUAUAACUUAGAAUAGUAUUUUCACUAACAAAUUAUAAAUCAUGUCAUCCAAUGCAAGGCUAAUAAAAGGUGGUUAGUAGAAUAGGAGGUUUUGUUUUGUUAAAAAAAAGUUAUGAAUUAGUUGUAAAUAAUUUAUAUUUAACAAAUUAUAAUAAUAUACAAAAUAAAGAAAUAUGUAUUGUUAUGAA